CGGUUAUUUACAUACACUCCCCUCGUCGUGACCACGACAACAUUGGUCAUUUUCCUCUUUCAGCCGUUCUUUCCCUCUUUAUUUUUCAAAACCGCUUUCUCCCUUUAUCGUCCUUUGUAAAUUCUGCUUUCUCGGUUUCCACCUACUUUCAGCAUGUCGCGUGGUCAACAACCCUCGAUACUGUCAUUUUUCCAACCCCGGCAGCAGCAGCAACAACAACCUCAACAUGCCCCAGACUGCGUGAACGGUGCAGCAACAACGGCAAGCAUGCUUCCGAAAACCCCCGUACCACCACCACCAGCUCCUCCUCCCUCUUCUCUCACCUCGGCCCCACCGCCGCAACAAGUUCCAGCUCGUCCCGGCCUUGGGCUUGUCACGGCUACUCUCCCGGCCAACAUCCCCGUUCUCCCAUCCCCACCGUCGAUCCCCUCGCAAGCCAACAUAGUCGCGGUGGCCGAGCACCACAUAGCCGCCCUCCGCCGGAUCAAUUCGCUCCUCCUUCAAGUCGCCUACCCAGACGCCUUCUACGCCAAGGUUCUCGAACCGCUUGCCUCAGGUCUCUUCUCGCGCGUCAUCCUCUGGAGCGACGACCCUACUUCCGAGCCCAAAGUCAUUGGCGGCGUCGUCUGUCGGCUCGAACCGAACCCUUUCUUAGACCCCAACGGGCAACCGCAGGCUCCCCGAAUACAACAAAACCAGCCGGGCCCAUCAGCUCCCAUCGACUACCCUUACCACGCCAUUUACAUUCAAUCGCUCGCCCUCCUCUCCCCCUACCGAUCCCUCGGUCUGGCUGCCGCCGCGCUUGAACACAUCAUCGCCAGCGCCUCGAUUCUGCCCGCCGCGGGCUCUACCAUCAACGUGCGAACCAUCUACGCCCACGUGUGGACCGAAAACGAGGAAGGACUCCAGUGGUACGGACAGCGAGGCUUCCGGACCGAAGGUCGCGACCCAGUGAGGGGGUAUUACUUCAAGCUACGACCGGACACGGCUUGGAUUGUGCGUAGAGACAUUGGAGAACACGGUAGACAAGCACAAGCACAAGAACCGUUAGGGGCAGCGAACUACUCUUUACCGAAACGAAACCCCAACCACCUCCUCCAACAACAACAACAACAACAACAACAACAACAACAACAACAACAACAACAACAACAACAACAACAACAACAACAACAACAACAACAACAACAACAACCCACCGGAAUGAUCAUGACUUCCAGUACCACAACCGCCACCGCCUCGGCCACGGCCACGGGCGUCCUAGCAGCCGCUGUCAACCUACCCUCUUUGACUACACCACCACCAAAAACCCCGGUAGCACCUCCUCCGAGCUCGUCAACAUCAACAUCCGCCUCAACACCAGCCUUAGCCCCUCCCUCGACGACAACAACAUCAACAACAAGACCACCCCUCAGCCGCCCCUCGACCGGCAUGUCGUACCAAAACACGCGACCGGAAACCGAAUGGAACGACUUGCCGCCGGAGAUGGUCCAGCUCAACGUUCCCGGUAGUGGUUCCGGUGCCGGUGCCAGCGCGACAGCCUCGGGGGCCACUAGUGCAGUUAGCUCGAGGAGUAGUUCGGUGGCGCCCAAGAAGAAGAAGGGGAGGGCGUAUCCUAGUGCUGCUUUUGGGCAGUAGGGAAAUGUUGUCUGACCUUGUAGUACCUUCCGUCUUCUGCUGCCGCCCUCUGACUGCUGCAGACCAAUGAAGUAAUAACAACAAACGUAAUGGCGAUGGGACGGGGGAGAUAUAUGCUGUUAUAGAGGUAAUACUAUUUCGAAAAGCAAAGAAAAAAAAUUGAAAUAAAGGGUAGUUAAAUACUGUGGGGCAUAAUCGGGGUUGGUAAAUCCCGGACUUGAAUCAGACAAAAAAGAGUUUCCAAGGAGGAGCUCCAACGAGAUGGCAUUCGUUGCCUACCUUGGCUAUAUAAUUCAAAAGAAGUGUGGCUCAAAUAUUGACACGUAGAAAACGUGUUGUUGUAUCCCUAUAGAAGCAGAAACAACUUAGUUAAUGUUGGCAGUAACUUGGUUGGUUAUCAUGAACCUCUUGAAAUGAUGCAAGGAUGAACCAG